CAAAAAUAUUGUUCGCCAACGUGUCAUCGCGUACAAAAACAGGAUAUUCGCAAGACUGAGGGGCUUUUUAUUCAACAUAAAUACUCAUUUUUGACUUGCAGUCACCACCAGAGUCAAGAUGGCGUCAUCGGAGCACCCCUCUUAUACAUUGAUCAACAUUAGCAUGGAUGUAGAGCCUCCCAAUGAAAUAGCCCUCAAAGGAAUCAUUGAGAAUGGUGACACAAAGGCAAGGACUGAUGCAUUGAAGAAUCUGAUUUACAUGAUAUUGAAUGGAGAGAAGAUGCCAGGCAUGCUAAUGUCUGUUAUUAGAUUCCUCCUCCCUAUGCAGGACCACACCAUUAAGAAGCUUCUCCUGAUAUUCUGGGAGAUUGUUCCCAAGACACACCCAGAUGGCAAACUCCUACAGGAGAUGAUCUUAGUAUGUGAUGCCUACAGGAAGGAUCUUCAGCAUCCUAAUGAGUUCAUCCGAGGAUCAACUCUUCGUUUCCUGUGUAAGCUGAAGGAAGCUGAGCUUCUAGAGCCUCUAAUGCCAGCCAUUCGACUCUGCUUGGAGCAUCGUCACAGCUAUGUGAGACGGAAUGCUGUCAUGGCCAUCUUCACCAUUUACAAGAACUUUGACUUCCUUAUCCCGGAUGCUCCAGAAUUGAUCCACACCUUCCUAGAGCAGGAACAAGAUGCUUCUUGCAAACGGAAUGCCUUUAUGAUGUUAAUCCAUGUUGAUCAAGAUCGUGCACUGGAUUACCUAAGUACUUGCAUUGAUCAGAUUCAUUCCUUUGGAGAUAUUCUACAGCUGGUGAUUGUAGAGCUGGUAUACAAGGUAUGCCAUACCAAUCCAUCGGAGAGAGCCAGAUUCAUUCGAUGUAUCUAUAACCUGCUUCAAUCAUCAAGCCCUGCUGUACGCUAUGAAGCAGCUGGAACACUAGUCACACUCUCCAGUGCACCUACAGCUAUUAAGGCAGCAGCUACCUGUUAUAUUGACCUGAUCAUUAAGGAGAGUGACAACAAUGUCAAACUCAUCGUACUGGAUCGACUCAUUGCUCUCAAGGAAGACCCUGCUCAUGAGAAAGUUCUUCAGGAUCUUGUAAUGGACAUCCUACGUGUUAUCUCCGCCUCUGAUCUGGAGGUUCGUCGUAAGACCUUGGACCUUGCUAUGGAUCUGGUGUCAUCUAGGAACGUUGAAGAGAUGGUCCUUGUGAUGAAGAAAGAAGUCAGUAAGACACAUAAUGUUGGUGAGCAUGAGGACACUGGUAAAUAUCGUCAGCUCCUUGUUAGAACACUCCACUCUUGCAGUGUCAAGUUCCCUGAUGUUGCUGCUCAAGUUAUUCCAUUGUUGAUGGAGUUUCUUAGUGAUACUAAUGAGUUAGCAGCAGCUGAUGUCCUUGUCUUUGUCCGUGAGGCAAUCCAACGCUUUGAGCAACUCAAACCAUUGAUUGUCAAUAAACUCCUAGAAGUCUUCCCUUCAAUCAGGACUGUCAGGAUUCACCGUGCAGCCUUGUGGAUUCUUGGGGAGUAUUGCACUACGGCUGAAGAGAUUCAGAGUCUAAUGAAUGAGAUUCGGAACUCCCUGGGUGAGAUUCCCAUCGUGGAAGAUGAAAUGAGGAAAGCUGCAGGAGAAGACACUGAAGAGGAGACUGUCACCAUCUCAAGUCAGAAGCGUCAAUUGACUGAGAUGGGAACGUAUGCUACUCAAAGUGCCCUCAGUGCAACAGCACCCAAGAAAGAAGCUGAAUCCAGGCCUCCAUUGCGUGGUUUUCUUAUGGAUGGUGAAUUCUUUGUUGGAGCAUCCUUAGCCACAGUGUUGACCAAGCUGGCUCUACGAUUCAUUGAACUCAACAAAGACACAAAGAAACAAAAUGCAUUCCUAGCCGAGGCUAUGCUGAUCAUGGCAACUGUCAUCCAUCUUGGAAAGUCUGGACUUGCCAAAAAAAACAUUACAGAUGAUGAUUUGGACCGCAUUGCAACCUGUCUUCGAGUCCUGGCUGAACGUCAUUCCCUGAUGUCAGAGAUUUUCAGUAAAGAAUGUCGCAACUCAUUGCAAACAUUGAUUCUAACCAAACAGGCUGAGGAGAAAGAGCAACAGAAGGGAUCUGAUAAGAAACAAGUCUCAGUUCAAGCGGAUGAUCCAAUAAAUUUCCUUCAGUUGAUUGCUAAGGCAGACAAUGGGAGUACAGAGGACCAGUUGACUAUGAGUCUGUCUCUGGCAACUAUGGGGGCUUCUGCCAAAAAGGAGAUGCAUGAUAUCAGUGCAUCCAAGUUGAGUAAGGUCACCCAACUGACUGGUUUCUCAGACCCAGUGUAUGCAGAAGCUUACAUUAAUAUCAAUCAGUAUGACAUUGUGUUAGAUGUACUGGUUGUCAAUCAAACUGCCGAUACACUUCAAGCUUGCUCAUUGGAACUAGCUACUCUGGGUGAUUUGAAACUUGUGGAGAAGCCUCAGCCCUUGACGCUUGCACCUCAUGAUUUCUGCAACAUCAAAGCAAAUGUCAAAGUAGCCUCCACAGAGAAUGGAAUCAUCUUUGGAAACAUUGUGUAUGAUGUGUCUGGUGCUGCUAAUGAUCGUAAUGUUGUCGUCUUGAAUGAUAUUCACAUUGAUAUUAUGGAUUACAUCAUCCCUGCUUCCUGUACGGACCAAGAAUUCCGCAGUAUGUGGGCUGAGUUUGAGUGGGAAAAUAAGGUUACCGUCAACACCAACAUCAAUGAUCUGAAUGAAUACUUGAAACAUGUCCUGCGAUCAACCAAUAUGCGCUGCUUGACUCCAGAAAAGGCCAUUUCAGGAGAAUGUGGUUUCAUGGCAGCCAACCUGUACGCUCGUUCCAUCUUUGGUGAGGAUGCCCUUGCUAAUGUGAGCAUUGAGAAGCCUAGUAACUCGUCCCCUGAGACUGCAGUAUGUGGACAUAUCCGCAUCCGAGCUAAGAGUCAAGGGAUGGCAUUGAGUCUUGGGGAUAAGAUCAACCUUAGUCAGAAGAAGGAUAAAGGAUCUCGAUCCUAAAGCUGGUCACACCUAGCUGGAUUCACUGCACUUGCAUUGACACAGAAGCAUGUGAUUGUUAUUACACGUCUGAUCUAACCUGAGUAAUUAUCAACAAACAUUGAAACUUUUUUUCAAACUAUUAUUUUUAUUUUAUGUUUUUUUGAAUAGUUUGUAAAUGAUUUGCAAAAUUUUGUGAUUUUAAAAAAUUGGUCACUUAAUGGUAUGAGCGGCCUAAUUAUAACAUCUUUUUUCUAAAAUAUCUACAAGCAAAAAUUUAUGAAAGUCAAAUUAGCCAUGAUGCCUAAUGAAGUGAGAAAGAAAAUACUAUUCGAGAAGUG